AUGGAAGCACUAUCUCUUUCCCUUCCCACAAUCACCGUUACCAAUUCCAAUCUCAACCACGUUUCUCUGAGCGCUGCUUCUAGUUAUGCCUCACUCUCUUCCUUACAACACCGUCCUUCUACCUCAACCACACUCUUCACUAGGAAGAAGAGUGUUGUUCGUGUACAAGCUGAGAAUGAAGAUUUUGAAUUGAAGCAAGUGAGGGAUAUGGCUGCUGCCAAGAAGAGAUGGGAAGCUUUGCUCAGGGAAGAAAAAAUUAAGAUUCUUACUCCAAGGGAAGCUGGGUAUGCAGUUCAGCUUUCAAACAAGCCCCUUCUUGAUGUUCGCCCCUCAAAUGAACACAACAAGGCAUGGGUGAAAGGUUCGACCUGGAUUCCAAUAUUCGAUGUCGAUGAUGGACUAGAUAUUGGAACUAUUCCCAGAAAAGUAACAAAUUUUGCUAUGGGCGGUUGGUGGAGUGGCAUGCCUACACUGUCUUUUGACAACUCGUUCUUACCCAAAGUUAUGGAGAAGUUCCCCAAAGAUGCAGAGUUAAUCGUUGCAUGCCAGAAGGGACUGAGAUCCUUAGCUGCAUGUGAACAACUGUACAAUGCUGGCUACAAAAACCUGUUCUGGGUUCAAGGAGGCUUCGAGGCUGCUGAAGAAGAGGAUCUUGUAGUGGAGGGUUCAGUGCCACUCAAGUUUGCUGGAAUUGGUGGUGUCUCAGAGUUCCUUGGUUGGACAGAUCAACAGCGAGCUGCUGCUGCCAAGGAAGGCUGGGGAUACAGAUUAAUGUUUUCUGCACGCCUGAUUGGACUAUUUCUUGUUGCCGAUGCAUUAUUUAUCGGUGCUCAGCAAGUUGGACGCUAUCUUCAGGAAAUCAGGACCCAUUGA